AAUUAACAAAAUAGUAAGUGAAUUACAGUUUUCUAAGAUAAAAUACAAUCAAUUAUAUAAAUUCAUGAUAAAAACAAACAAAUAAACGAACAAACGAAGAUCGGAUAAUGUUUUAAGUUUAACAAUAAUAAAAACAUAUAUGGCCUAUAUAUUUUAGGUUUAAAUAUUCUAUUCAAACAAAAGAACUAGCAGUAAAUGAAUUAUUAAUGGAAUAUUAUCAAUCAUUUCCAUGGAAGCUAAUCAAACAACAAAUUCAACUUUGAAUCUUCCAACUUUAGUUAUUUUAAUUAAAAAUAUUUGUAUUCCAUUUUAUUUAUUAAUAUUAAUAUUUGGUUUAUUUGGUAAUGGAUUAACAGUUGUUAUAUUACAAUCAAAACGUUUACAACAAUCUAGUACAUUAAUUUAUUUAACUGUAUUAGCUAUUGUUGAUAUAUUUUAUUUACUUACUGGUUUAUUAUUUACUAUCAUUAAUUAUACAUUUUUAUUUCCAAGUGAUAUUAGACAUUAUUCAUUAAUUUCAUGUAUUUUAACACCAUAUUUAAGUUAUACAUUAGCUUAUUUAAGUGUAUGGUUAUUAGUAUCAGUAACUAUUGAUCGUGCAAUUUGGGUUGUACAACCAUUUAGUGCAAAACGUGUAUGUACAACACGUAAUGCAUGGUUAACUAUAUUUAGUAUAACAAUUAUUUUAUUUAUAUUUGAUUCACAUUUCUUUUGGACAAUGAAUUAUAAUAUUGAUUCAAUUAAUUCUACAAUUAAUACUACUUAUUAUAAAUGUACACCAAGUUAUUUUACCCAAACUAUAUUUCCAUAUAUUGAUUUAUUAUUAGUAUGUGUAAUUCCAUGUUUAUUUAUGCUGAUAGCUAAUGGAUUAAUUGGAAUACAAUUAAAACGAAUGAGUGAUUUUAAUAAAAAACGACAAAAGAAUCGUUUAUUUUUGAAUCAUGCUUCAAUUCAACAACAACAACAACAACCAACACAAGGAUCAUUAAAGUGUGCAUACAAUUUGACAGCAGGCAAAUUAACAAAUGACUCUCGUUUAAAUGAUGAUUUGUCAACAAAUAUCAGUGGUACACAAUAUCCUAGAAAACGAUGUAAAUCAAAUGCAUUGAAACAUUGUGUAAAGAAUUCUAUUAAAGGUCGUUCAAAUAUGAAUAGAUCUUCAGCAUUGACAGCAAUGUUAUUAGCAAUUAAUAUGUUUUUUAUGAUAAGUGUAUGUCCACUUCUUGUUUAUGAUGUAAUCUAUUUUGCAUUUAAUUUAAAUACUUGGAUUGAAAAAGAUGAAUUAAUUAGAGGUGUAUUAGUUUUUGGUAUUGAACGAUUUGUUUAUGUUUUAUGGUAUACUAAUUUUGCUGUACACUUUUUAUUAUAUUGUCUAAGUGGUCCACAGUUUAGAGCACAAGCAAAACAUUGGCUUCAAUCAUGUUGUCAUUUUAUGAAUUUACCUUGUUUAAUUAAUGAUAAAUCAACAAUAAAAUUACAGGAUACAACAAAAAUUCAUGAAUUUCAUGAUUCCACUAUAAAAAAACCAAUUUCACCACAAAAUUUAAGUAUAAAUUAUUGUCCAUCACCUAGACAAUCUUAUGAUGAUACAAUUCAACGUCCAUCAUAUCAUCAUUAUCCACAACAAAGUCAUCAAUCUUCUUUUGUACAAAUUAAUGAUGAAAAUCAUCAAGUAUUUAGAUAUCAUUCUGUUCAAUCUGGUUGUAUUUAAUAACAAAUACAUACAAAUAUCUCAGCAACAAACAAUCUACUUUACCAUCUAUAGUUUUGUUUAAAAUAACUCGAAAUAUGAUUAUUAUUAUCUCAAAUCAUUUGAAUCUUUCAUUGAAUUAAAAUUUAACUACCCGGAUUGAUAAGAUUUAUUGAAUGAUCCAUUAGUUAUUAUUAAAUAUUCAAUCAAUCAAUCAAUCAAUUGAUCAUUUAAUUUAACUAGAUAUAUCUACGAAUAAAAUGGGAUAAACAAUAAAGACAUAACAACAACAACCACGGUAACGACAACAACAAAAGAAGAUCGGAGAAUAACAACGUUAUCAUGAAUCAGUGUGGAAAAUAAAAGAUAUAUCUAUGAUAAAUAAAUGAAUAUAUUUACGAUGGAAAUGAUUAAGUAAGAGAUGAAGUAAAGUUUUUCUGUCAUAUAUACAACCACUCUUCUUAUUUUCUUCCUAAAAAAAUUGUGAAUGUUGUACAUAAUUAUGCAUUCUAUUGAAAUAAUGUUUUGCUGUUAAUUUGGUUGUUGCAAAACAUAAUGGAAUAUCAUUGGAUUGUUGA